AUGCUAUACCAUCCUCUCAAGUCCCUGGUGGCCGCACUGGCGUUCGGCGUUGCCACCACGUCGGCAGCGAGCUCCCAGGCAAUCAAGAGCCGUCGUCUCACCGAGUAUCUGAUGCCAGUCACUCAGCAGACGCACGAACCUGCUCGCGUGCCCAACACAAACUUCGUGCUACUGACCCAGAUGUCAAGCAGCGAGCUUGUCAAGAUCGAGCUCGAUGCAGCCACCGAGGACCCCAUCGCCUACCAGUCGUUCCCCAUGGGCAAGAACAGCAGUUCGAUGCUCCAUGGUGCCUGGCCCUCCGUCAAAAACCCCGGCCUGAUGUGGCUGUCCUUGCAAGGCGAGAACAAGCUGCUCCUCGUCGACCCCGGCAAGGAGCUCUCGACUCCACCGCAAAUCAAACACACCAUCGACAUCCCCAAGCCCGGCAACGGUCCUCACUGCGUGUUUGAGAUUGGCGACCGCGUCUGGGCUGGUCUCAAGGACGCCUCCCCGCAAAACGGCCAGUACUACGCCUUCUCUGUCGACCUCCACAACUCCUCCGACUGGAAGCUGUACCAGUCUCUCAGCAGCCCUGUCUUCAUCAGAGAGGAGCCAACCACCGGCUUGAUCUACGUCACUCAAGACUGGAGCUCGUCCAUCAUGCGCAUCGACCUCGCCACCGACGAGAUAACCCAGCUGCCAAUCCCUCCCAGCGUCGGCAACACUGCUGUUGGCAUGGCGUCCGUUACCGGUGCCCUAAGUGGUGUCUGGUUCACUCUCGCCGGGAAUGCCACCGGCGGCACCGGGACCUUCGGCCAUAUCGGCGCGGAUGGACAGAUCAAGUUCUUCUCUCUUCGACAAAAGGUUCUCGGCGGCAAUGCUGCCUUACUCCACGUCGCGGAUGCGUCGACAAAGGACGAGCCGGCUCUGUGGAUCCUGUCCACCUCCCUGCUCAGCACCGAGUCGCCCGAUGCCCUGAUCCACGUUACCUUUGACCAGUCAGGUUCCACUAUCAAGGGCGAGGAGUAUAUCUCACUGCAAACUCAGAAUGCGAAGGCUCACCGUGUGCUGGUCUUGGAUUCGUCUGUUUUGGUUUCGGAGCUUAACACCUUCACCCUCGCGCAGCUCAAGUACGAAAAUACCGUUGCAGGGCAGUGGCUGCCAUCCAAGGUUGUCAGCGACAACAAGGUUUACGAUGAGGCUGGCUAA